AUAUUUACAAGGGCAGGGAUUUGUCAUUCCGCCUAUUGUUUUGGUUCUCCCGAUUCAUCUCCAAGAGACCGGCGACGAUGGCGGCUGCUGCGGGGGACGUCGAGGUGGUGGAUUUCGAGCCUGACGAUGACGAUCUCAUGGACGAGGAGGUAGCCGCCGCCGAGGUCGACCCCUCCCCUGCCCCCAGGCUCCGAUCCGCCAUCGCCGGCAGCGAUUCCUCGGGCCCUAGGAAGACCAAGGGCCGGGGAUUUCGCGAAGAGGCGGGUCGCGAUAGCGACAGCCGCCUUGCCGCCAGGGAUUUCGAUUCCCUCGACUCCGAUGGCGGUCCCGGUCCCCAGCGAUCUAUUGAGGGAUGGAUUGUUCUAGUAACUGGGGUCCAUGAAGAGGCACAGGAAGAUGAUUUGCACAACGCCUUUCGUGAAUUUGGUCAGGUUAAAAAUUUGCAUCUAAAUCUUGACCGUCGCACUGGAUUUGUCAAGGGUUAUGCCCUGAUUGAAUAUGAGAACUUUGACGAAGCACAAGCUGCAAUCACAACACUAAAUGGUACCGAGCUCCUUACACAAACGAUUUAUGUUGAUUGGACAUUUAGCAAAGGUCCGAUCAAGCGAAGAAACAUGAGGAGAAGAUCUCCACGUGCUCAUCGAUCAAGGAGCCCUCCUAGGAGGAGAUACUGAAGCUGCUUUGCAGAGCUUACUUCCUCGUGUCGUGUGAUUUUGGGAGUCUGCAUCCUUGGUGUGUCCCAAGGCCCGCGGCAGCUUGAUGUGGAUUUACGUGACUCAAAGAGGCAGUAUGUUGUACUAUGAUUAGUUGAAAGUAUAAUUAGUGACUUACCUGUUUCUGCUAUUUAUUUUAACGCAUGCUACGCCUGCUUUAAUGAUUUCGGUGGAACUGCCGAGUGCUGUUGAUGUAAUACAGAUUUUAUUUUGUUUGAUGCGUGCAUUUGCUGAUUUGAGGAUU